CCGCCGCCGCCACCCGCCGCCCGCCGCCUCGCAGCGCAGCGGGCUGCCCAUUUUCCAGGCGCGGGGCCGGCUGCUGAGGCAUCUCCGCGAGCUCGACAGCGCCGUCCUCAUCGGAGAAACGGGCUCAGGGAAGACCACUCAGGUCCCUCAGUACCUCUACGAAGCAGGGGUUGGCCGCCAAGGCAUCAUUGCUGUGACCCAGCCUCGCAGAGUAGCAGCUAUAGCCUUGGCUACCAGAGUCUCAGAUGAGAAGAAGACAGAACUGGGGAAACUGGUCGGGUACUCGGUGCGCUUCGACGAUCUGACGUCGGAUGAGACCAGGAUCAAGUUCCUGACGGAUGGGAUGCUGCUGCGGGAGGCUCUGGGGGACCCGCUGCUGCGCAGGUACAACGUGGUCAUCCUGGAUGAAGCCCAUGAGAGGACCAUCCACACAGAUGUGCUCUUUGGAGUGGUGAAAGCUGCACAAAAGAGACGAAAGGAGCUGGGCAAAGUGCCACUAAAAGUGAUUGUCAUGUCAGCUACGAUGGAUGUUGAUCAGUUCUCCCAGUACUUCAAUGAAGCUCCUGUUCUCUAUUUAGAAGGCAGACAGCAUCCCAUUCAGAUCUUUUACACUAAACAGCCUCAGAGUGAUUACCUCCAUGCAGCACUGGUGUCAGUCUUCCAAAUCCACCAGGAAGCACCCCCUUCUCAGGACAUCCUGGUGUUUCUGACUGGUCAGGAAGAAAUUGAGGCAAUGACCAAAACCUGUCAAGACAUUUCCAAGCAUCUCCCUGAUGGCUGCCCACAGAUGAUGGUGAUGCCACUUUAUGCUUCUCUGCCUUACUGGCAACAACUCCGUGUCUUUCAGGCUGCUCCUAAGGGCUGUCGCAAAGUGAUCCUCUCCACCAACAUUGCAGAAACCUCCAUCACCAUUGGAAGAAUCAAAUACGUUGUGGACACGGGCAUGGUGAAAGCAAAGAAGUACAGCGCUGAAGUUGGUCUGGAAGUGUUGGCAGUGCAGAGGGUGUCAAAGGCCCAGGCCUGGCAGCGCACGGGCAGGGCAGGGCGAGAGGACAGCGGGGUCUGCUACCGGCUCUACACUGAGAAGGAGUUUGAGAAGUUUGAUGAGAUGACAGUACCUGAGAUACAGAGGUGUAACCUGGACAGUGUGGUGCUUCAGCUCCUGGCCCUGAGGAUUCCCAACGUGCUCACCUUUGACUUCAUGUCUAAACCAUCUCCUGAUGCUCUUCAAGCAGCGAUUGAGCAGCUGCAGCUGCUGGGAGCUGUGGAACGGAAGGAACAUCAGUUUGUCCUGACACCCCUGGGGAGGAAGAUGGCAGCCUUUCCCCUGGAGCCAAAGUUCUCUAAAACCAUCCUCGUGUCCCCCAAGUUCCACUGUACAGAAGAGAUCCUGACCAUUGUGGCACUGUUAUCAGUGGACAGUGUCCUCUACAAUCCCCCUGCCCGGCGUGAGGAGGUGCAAUCUGUCAGGAAGAAAUUCAUCUCCAGUGAAGGAGAUCAUCUGACCCUGCUCAACGUGUACAGGGCCUUCAACAAAGUCAAUGGCAACAAGGGAUGGUGCCGAGAGAACUUUGUCAACGGCAGGAACAUGAUGCUUGUGUCAGAUGUCAGAGCUCAGCUCAGGGACAUCUGUGUAAAGCUCUCCAUGCCCAUCACAUCCUCCCGCUCGGACACCAGCAACAUCCGCCGCUGCCUGGCCCACAGCCUCUUCAUGAACGCCGCCGAGCUGCAGCCGGACGGCACGUACCGCGCCCUGGGCUCGCAGCAGCGCGUGGCCAUCCACCCCUCCUCCGUGCUGUUCCACUGCCAGCCGGCCUGCGUGGUGUACGACGGGCUGCUGCACACCAACAAGUGCUACAUGCGCGACCUGUGCGUGGUGGACGCCGACUGGCUCUACGACGCGGCGCCCGACUACUUCUGCAGGAAGCUGCGGGCAGCCAGGGCCUGACACCCGCGGGGCUCACGCCGGCAGCCCUGGGGGUGGUCCUUAGACUCUCUGAGGUCAUUUCCUACUUUGCCUUGCAAGUGGGAUGAAAACCUCCGAGGGAAACGGCUUCUCUGUGAGAGGCAGAGCUCUGGAGCUCAGAACUGGCAUUCUUCUUCACGGUUGAUGUACUCUGUGCACACGUGGGAUAAAUAUGUGCUGGGGAGCACCGUGUUCUAGGUUUUAAUGCUUACUCAAGUUUAACAGGUUUGUAUAUAAGGAAAUUAAACCCUAAGAGCUCUUUUGAGCAGG